AUGAAACAUGGUGAUACUUAUUUAGUGCGAUUGCCAUUCCGAUCCGGUGAUAAGGAUUUCGGCGACUCUCGACGACUUGCUUUGCGAUGUUUUCAUGCUCUUCAGAGGAAAUUAAAGUCAGUUUCAGUACUAAAAACAGAAUACACGAAAAUAUUGCAAGAGUAUAUUAAUCUCGGACACAUGUCACCGGUAGAUGACGAAUCCGCGAACGGUUACUAUAUGCCUCAUCACGCCGUGUUAAAGGCUCCGAGCGCGACUACUAAGGUCCGCGUCGUCUUCGACGCAUUGGCCAAAACAGACAAAAACAUUUCGUUAAAUGAUGGACUCAUGAUCGGUCCCACAAUACAAGAUAAACUUUUCGAGCAUUUACUCCGGUUCCGCACGCAUACCUACGUCGUCACUGCCGACAUCGAAAAGAUGUACCGACAAAUUUUGAUUCAUCCAGAAGAUCGUAAAUACCAACGCGUAUUUUGGUAUGAUCAUAAUCGCGUUCGAACAUUUCAACUUAAUACCGUCACUUUCGGCGUAUCUUCCACACCGUUUCUCGCAAUCCGUACAAUACAGCAACUCGCAGACGAUGAGAGCGCGGAUUUUCCAUAUGUCUCCAAAAUUCUAAAACGCGAUUUAUACGUCGACCUCUUAACAGGGGCAAAUACUUUAGACGAGAUUUUUAGAAUACGUGACGAAAUAAUAGACCCUUUGAAACGCGGCAAAGGUCUCGAUUCGCGGCCGAACAAUUAUCAAUUAAUAUUAUCUUAUGAUAAGAUGUGA